UGUGUAUGUCUAUAGCAGAGCAUUUCAGAGUAGAAGCUUCACUCUUCUCUCUUUCUCUCUCUAACCCGUCUUUUUUCUCUGUUUUCUCUUUCUGCCUCUCUCUCUCUCUCUUUUUCUCUCUAACUUUCCAUGGCUAUCUCAAUGUCUGCCUUUGUUGGUCUGUUUGUGGGUCUUGUUCUGGUGGGUCUGGUUAGCUCUGCAAAGUUUGAUGAGCUAUUCCAGCCAAGCUGGGCAUUGGACCAUUUCGGUUAUGAAGGAGAGCUUCUUAAGCUCAAACUGGACAACUAUUCCGGUGCUGGGUUUCAAUCCAAGAGCAAGUAUAUGUUUGGAAAAGUGACAGUUCAGAUUAAGCUUGUUGAGGGUGAUUCUGCUGGAACUGUUACUGCUUUUUAUAUGUCAUCCGACGGUCCAAAUCAUAACGAGUUUGAUUUUGAGUUCCUGGGUAACACCACCGGUGAGCCUUACACUGUUCAGACUAAUGUAUAUGUGAAUGGUGUUGGGAACAGAGAACAAAGAUUGAACCUUUGGUUCGAUCCCGCCAAGGACUUCCACUCGUACACCAUCUUCUGGAACCAGCGCCAAGUUGUGUUUAUGGUGGAUGAGACACCAAUAAGAGUGCACACUAACAUGGAAAACAAAGGGCUUCCAUUUCCAAAGGACCAAGCAAUGGGGGUGUACAGUUCAAUAUGGAAUGCAGACGAUUGGGCAACACAAGGAGGUCUUGUUAAGACAGAUUGGUCCCAUGCACCAUUCUUUGCAACCUAUAGGAACUUUGAAAUCGAUGCAUGUGAAUGCCCUGUGUCCUUGGCUGCGGUAGACAAUGCAAAGAAAUGCAGUAGCAGUGCUGAGAAGAGGUAUUGGUGGGACGAGCCCACAUUGUCCGAGCUCAAUUUGCAUCAGAGCCAUCAACUCAUGUGGGUACGAGCCAACCACAUGGUCUAUGACUAUUGCGCAGAUACUGCUAGGUUCCCAGUGGCUCCUGUUGAGUGUGUGCACCAUCGCCAUUAGUCUCUCUAAUCUGAUGGUGUUGUUUGUUGUUAUUGGGUUGGGUUUGGAAAAUCAUUGUAUAAAAAGUGUGGAGGGGGGGAUGGGGAUGGGGAUGGGGGUUGAUCCAGGAAAGUCAUAAACAUGUGCUUCAUGUUUGUUUCAUAGUGGUUUGUAAAAAUGUUUUUUUCUAUGUAGUUAAAUUCCUUUUUUGUUAUUAUAUGUCUCUUAUUGAAGGUCUUCUACUA